UGCAUAUGAGCUCAGUCUGGGAUGUUUCUUUUUUACACAAUCCUGCUUUUCCAUCUUCUUCAUACAAAGGUGGAAAACUCUCUUUGCAGAAUAAUGGGAGACUCCAAUUAUCCACUGUUUUCAAAGAAUGGAGAUGUUAGCAUUGGAGGAAUUUUUGCUAUCCAUAGAAAAGAAACAUUACCUUCAUUUGAGUUCAUGCAAAAGCCUCAGCCUCUGUCAUGCUCCAGUGUGAAUCUGAGAGAUUUUCGGCUGGCGCAAACUAUGAUUUUUGCCGUUGAGGAAAUUAAUAGAAGUAAAAGUUUGCUCCCAAAUGUUUCUAUUGGCUACAAGAUUUAUGAUACAUGUGGUUCAAGACUGUCCACCAUGACUGCAAUUAUGGGACUGAUGAAUGGUCAGGACUUUUCAACAGAGGAUAGAUGCAAUGGACAGUCACGAUUGCAUGCUAUCAUAGGAGAAUCAGAGUCAUCUGCCACAAUAGUUUUGUCCAGAACAACAGGACCUUUUCGGAUUCCAGUGAUAAGUCAUUCCUCAUCAUGUGAAUGUCUCAGUAAUAAAAAAGAUUAUCCUUCAUUCUUCAGGACUAUUUCUAGUGAUUACCACAUGAGUAGAGCACUUGUCUAUAUAGUUAAGCAUUUAGACUGGUCUUGGGUUGGUGCUGUGAACAGUGACAAUGAUUAUGGCAACAAUGGGAUGGCCAUAUUUCUGAAAGCAGCCCACGAGGAGGGAAUCUGUGUGGAAUACUCGGUUAAAUUCUACAGAACAGAGCCAGAAAAGCUUAAAAAAGUGGUUGACACUAUAAACAAAGGCACUGCUAAAGUAAUUGUAGCAUUUGUUUCAUUUGUGGAGAUGGGCUUACUUAUUGAUCAAUUAAGUAUUCAGAACAUUACAGGCAUCCAAAUGAUAGGUGUGGAACCAUGGAUAACUGCAAAUACAUAUAUCACUUCAAACAGUUUUCGUGCAAUGGGAGGUUCGCUGGGGUUUGCAACAAAAUAUAUUUAUAUUGAAGGAUUUGCUGAAUAUGUUAUGACACCAUUCUGGAAUACAGCUUUUCCAUGCUCAGAGAGUGAUAGGAAUCAUUCUCAUUAUGAAUUAAUUUGCAGUAGGUAUGAGGAUCUGCUUGCUCUGAAAAAUGACAAUAAAGACGUGAAUGAACACAGAUAUUCAAGCAAUGUCUACAAAGCAGUUUAUGCAGUAGCUCAUUCAUUGCAUGGCCUACUUAACUGCAAAGAACAAGAAGGGUGUGAGAAAGGCCUGACAAUACAACCACAGCAGGUGGUCAAGGCAUUGAAAAAUAUUAAUUUCACAAUUAAGUCAGGUGACAGUGUAUGGUUUGACAACACUGGCAGCGUAGUGGCCCUAUAUGAAGUUGUGAACUGGCAAAAAGACUCAGAUGGAUCAUUUCAGUUCAAAUCAGUGGGAUUUUAUGAUGCUAUGAUGCCUCCAUACAAGAAUUUAAGGCUUAACACUAAAAACAUAGUCUGGGCUGGAGGACAGCUGGAGAAGCCAAGGUCCGUGUGCAGUGAGAGCUGUGCUCCAGGCACCAGAAAGGCUGCACAGAAAGGAAGACCUGUUUGCUGUUAUGACUGCAUUCCAUGUGCAGAAGGAGAAAUCAGUAAUGAGACAGAUUCAAUAAACUGCAAGCAGUGUCCAGGGGAAUACUGGUCUAACACUGAGAGAAAUAGAUGUGUUAUAAAGGCUGUAGAAUUUCUGUCAUUCUCAGAAGUUAUGGGUAUAGUGUUAGUAAUUUUCUCACUCUUUGGAGCAGGAUUAACUGUGCUCGUUGCCGUUCUGUUUUACAGCAAGAAGGACACUCCCAUUGUAAAAGCCAACAACUCAGAGCUGAGCUUCCUGCUACUUUUCUCACUGACUCUGUGCUUCCUCUGUUCUUUAACAUUCAUUGGUCAGCCAACUAAAUGGUCCUGUAUGUUGCGUCACACAGCAUUUGGCAUCACUUUUGUCCUGUGUAUCUCAUGUGUUUUGGGUAAAACAAUAGUAGUGUUAAUGGCCUUUAAGGCUACACUCCCAGGAAGUAAUGUGAUGAAAUGGUUUGGUCCUGUACAACAACGACUCAGUGUUUUUGCUUUUACACUUAUACAGGUACUUAUUUGUGUGCUUUGGCUAACUAUAUCUCCCCCAUUUCCAUAUAAAAACAUGAAGUAUUAUAAGGAAAAGAUCAUUCUUGAGUGCAAUCUGGGUAAUACUAUAGGUUUCUGGGCUGUGCUUGGUUACAUUGGCCUCCUGGCUGCCCUGUGCUUUCUUCUAGCUUUUCUGGCUCGUAAGUUGCCUGAUAAUUUCAAUGAAGCCAAGUUCAUCACUUUCAGUAUGCUCAUAUUUUGUGCUGUAUGGAUCACAUUUAUUCCAGCUUAUGUCAGUUCUCCUGGAAAAUUUACUGUAGCUGUGGAGAUUUUUGCCAUUUUAUCCUCAAGCUUUGGGUUAUUAGUUAGCAUUUUUGCACCUAAAUGUUUUAUUAUCCUCCUUAAGCCUGAACAAAAUACAAAGCAACAUGUGAUGGGAAAAACAACUUGCAGUCUUUAGCACUUAAACCGUAAUCAGGAUUUUAAACAACAUUGAUUAUAUUCA